ACACAGAAAGUUUAAAUACUAAAUACCUAGAUAUACUCCCUGUGUGUGUACGUGUACUGAGUGUGUACUUUCACUACUACAGAUGCUAAAUAAAUAAACACCAGGAGAAAAAUGUUGCACCUAAUGAAAGUGGGACCCUGUCAGCAAAUAUUGAGGAAGACAGCACUGCUAGUGUCAGGCUGUACAAGACAUGUGCAUUGUUCAAAACAUUUUUCUACUGUCUUCAAACGUCUCGAUAAUACAAGUCUAAGAUAUCACAGUGCCUCUGUCUAUGGAGGAGGCAUAUUAAAUAAACUUCGAAAGGUUUUGUCUCACAAACAUUUUUUACGUUCAGUGUUCACUUCACAACAAACUGGAACACCAGGGCCGACUCAGCUGACAGAUAAAGUCUUCAGUGCUAAGACCCUUAUUGAGACUUGGUACUAUGAAGUGUGCCCUUAUGGAGAGAUGAACGUCACUCUGCCAUUUAAAACUUUCAUUAAGCCUCAUGAUCAACCAGGCUUGAACAAAGUCAACAUUCAGUUUCACUACUAUUCAGAAGGUCAAGAAGAAGCCCCUGAGAGUCAGAAAUUAAGUCAUAUUGGUGACUUGUAUGACUUAGAUGUUCGUUUUGAUGAAGAUAAAGCUAACAUGAAUAUAACGUGUGACAUAACCAAAGGUGUUACAUUACCUGUUGUUUGUCUUCUCCGUGUUCCGCUACAGUUGGAUCUGAAAAUCAAGAUGCUGGAUGACAAGGAUGUGUCCAUAGAAAAUAUGGACAGCAGUAAGAUCGUGAUAGAGACAGAGAGAGGAAAUUGUUUCCUGAAAAACAUUAAGUGUGGGUCUGUGAGUGCUGUGUGCAGAUCAGGCAACAUAACUUGUCUCUCUACCCUACUUGGCAACACGUAUUUUCACACUGGAAAAUCUGGCAGUAUCACAACAGAGAGGCUGCAGGGUUCUAGCAUCACAUGUGAAACAGAGAUGGGCUUCAUCAAUGUCAGGUCACUCUAUGCUGACGAUGCCACUUUCAGAUCUGAUGCCGGAAACUUUCAUCUUGGCCAUUGCCAUGGCCAGCUCUACCUGUUGGCUGGACAGUCAGACAUAAACAUUGAAAGUCUAGAUGGAGACAUGGAUAUUGGAUUACAAUCUGGCAACGUAUCCGCACACCUAAGCAGACACCAGAAGGCUAACAUUGAAGUGGCCACAGGUGAUAUUACCCUUAGUUUUCCUGAAGGAGCCAACACAGAUCUGAACUUAGAUUGCCAGGCCCUUAGGGUUGACCAUGCUAUAGACUUGCACUUCUCUGAUUCUGAUCUGCCCCACCACAAGGAAGGUUACAUUGGUCGCCAGGGCCAGGCUCUACUCAAUGCCAGGACUGUGUCGGGGACCAUUAGCCUUAAACAGCUUGAUUGGAUUUCUGCUACAAAACUCUUUUCAUGAACAAGGGGAAAUAAAACUUGCUGCCAUUUUAGUGAUGAUUUCUUCUUGUAAUUAUGCUGUCAUUCAAGGAAAUUAACAUUUUUAAAAUUUAUAAUUUACUGUAUAAAUAUAUUCAUGAAUAUUUAGUGCUAAUAAUAAGUAUAAAUUGAAAGAGAAAAAAACCUUUUUAUUUGCUUAAUAUAUUUGUUAUUAUGUUUUUCUUUUUAAAAAAAUGUCUUUUGUUGACUGUGAAAAGUGUGAAUUUUUGUAAUAAAAUGUAGGAUAGGUUUCCUAACUUUCAGUUUUAUGUCCAUCACUGAUGUAGCAUUAAUCCUGUAAUGAGUUGCUUAGUUCUAAACCAAUUCAUGUACUUGUAUAGAGAAAUAAACAUUAAUGUUAAAUAAACAGUCAGCUGAGUGAUGAUGGUUUUUAAAAUGACUAUCUCACAAUUGUUCCAGUUAUAUUGUAUGUUCUUAUGUUUAGUUUCUCCUGGGUAUUCAUCCACUGAAUGUCAACAUGGAAGAUAUGCUUGAGGGCGUACAAAAUUUAUAAUGAUGAUAUAAUAGUUGCAUCAAACAUUCU